AUGGCACCCUCAGCGACUCCAGCUGCUGCCAAAUCGACGGACGAUCUUGGCCUGGACCUCACGGGCAAAGAAGAUUUGUUGGAUAGAACAACUUUUGAACAGAUUUUGGAGAUGGACGAUGAUGAUGAAGAUCGAGAAUUUAGCAAGGGGCUCGUCCACGGCUUUUUCGAGCAGGCUGAGUCCACCUUUGAUAAAAUGGAAGAUGCAAUUGCUGCCCGAGAUCUCCACGAAAUCUCCCAGUUGGGCCAUUUUCUGAAAGGCUCCUCCGCCACACUGGGACUUACCAAGGUUAAAGAUGCAUGCGAAAAGAUCCAGCACUUUGGUGCGCAAAAAGACGAAUCUGGCACUGUGGAUGAACCCGACGAGACGAAAUCCCUGGCCAAUAUUAAGAAAACGUUGACUGAGGUGAAGGAUGCUUAUAAAGAAGUGGCCAAAGUUUUAAGCAGUUUUUACCAAGACACCGAAUCAAGCUGA